GGGUUUCGUCUUGACCUAAAAAGUAAACCUUAAAUGAAUACCUCAAGAUGCUAUAUGUUUUGUAUUUUUUUUUAUUUUAUCAAUGCGGGUGAUUAAUUAUGUUUGACUCUGUCUCACUAAUGUUAAUUGUAUAUAUAAUUGUUCAGAUAAACACAAAAGCUCACUGUUGGACUGGAAAAGGCGUUUCAACAUCAUCUAUGGGAUUGCUCGUGGAAUACUAUAUUUGCAUCAAGACUCGAGGUUUAGAAUUAUUCAUAGAGAUCUUAAAGCAAGCAAUGUUCUCUUGGAUAAGGAGAUGAAUCCUAAAAUAUCAGACUUUGGCAUGGCCAGAAUAUUUGGAGGCGAAGAAACAGAUGCCAACACUACAAAGAGAGUAGUCGGAACAUAUGGGUAUAUGUCACCAGAAUAUGCAAUGGACGGACAAUUCUCGGUGAAAUCUGACGUUUUUAGCUUCGGAGUUCUAGUGCUUGAAGUAGUUAGCGGGAAGAAGAACCGAGGAUUCUAUCAACACAACGAAAAAGAAAACCUACUUGGCUUUGUAAGUGGGUAUUAAUUUAGAAAUGUGCCAAUUGGUUGAUUCUUUGAGAAGAGUUCAAAUGCACCAAGAGCAUUGAACAUAGUCACUAGUUUGUCUUGGGCUUCCAUAAGAAGUAACUCAAGAUGUUAUGUGUUAGUUUGUAACUUUAUAUUUGGUGUAUGAUAUAUUUGUUGCAUGGUAGUUAGAUUUGUCACCACAUAUUUUCAGGCUUGGAGUUUGUGGAGAGAAGAAAGAGCACUAGAACUAUGCGAUUCAACUAUGGAAUUACAAUCACAUUCAGGAUUUGAGAAAGAUCAAGUAAUGAAAAGUAUACAAGUGGGUUUACUAUGUGUGCAGGAGAAAGCCGAAGAUAGACCAACAAUGGCAGCUGUGAUAUUGAUGUUGAAAAGUGAAGGGGCUUUGCUUCCCCAUCCUCAAUCGCCCGGGUUUUGCGUGAUGGAUAAAAGGCAUGUAAAACCAAAUUUAUCUUCUAAUAUUAAUAAUGAUGAUCAAACUUUGAACAAACUUACAAUCACCAAUUUGGAUGGUAGAUAACGAAUGAUUCAUUGCCAUGUUUGUAUAUUUUUGUUACCAUAGUUACUACACAAUUUUGGGAAUUGAAUGAUUUAUUGAAUGUUUGGCAUUUAGUAACUAAAUAAAUACUUGUAGAUUAUUAAUCUAA